CGGCCGACAGUUUAAAUGAGAUGAGCCACCGCUGGUUUGAGAACCAAGGUCGAUGCGAAUCUCCUGGAGCCCCCACCUUCCGCUCGGCGUUGCUAUAUUAAGGAGAAAGUACAUGUUGUUUGGCUUUUAUUGCCGGUAGGACGCCGACCGAGCAAGGAGAAAACGAAAAUGCGUUUUCUGUGGGCACUUUGCGUGAUGGCCUUAGCGCCAGGAGCGCUGGCCGAGCUUCAGGAGGUGUUUGCCUGGAAGCAGGUCGACUUCAACUUCUCCAACAACUCGGUGAGGGAAGAGGCGCUCAAGUCAGGCACCUACGACCCCAAGCAGGCGCUGCCGCUGGGCAUCGCCUACUACGAGGGCCGCGUGUUCAUCUCGCUACCAAAGUGGAAGGCUGGAACCCCAGCCACCCUGACCACCGUUCCCUUCGAUGCCGCCAAAAAUACCGCCUCCUCCUCGCCCCUCCUCAACCCCUACCCCAACUGGUCUUGGCACCAGCGUCCUGAAGGUGACUGCGACGGACUCACCUCCGUCUUCAGAAUGGAGGUGGACCAGUGCGGCCGCCUCUGGGUUCUCGACUCUGGCUUGGAAAAAGUUGCCCUCGGAGGCAAGCAGGUUUGCCCACCCCAACUUUUGAUCUUCGACCUCAAGUCUGACACCCUGCUGCGUCGCUACCGCUUCCCGAAAACUUCGCUGAAGGAUAACUCGUUCCUCACCGGGCUGACCCUGGACGUGUCCGGCGAUCAGUGCAACAGUGAACAGGACGACGCGUUUGCCUACAUCGCCGACGUGUGGGCGUUCGGCAUGAUCGCCUACUCAUUCAAGGACGACCGUUCGUACAGGGUGGAACAUCCGUACUUCCUGCCGGACCCGCUCGCCUGCGAAUUCAACGCUGGCGGCAUCGACUUCAAGUGGAUCGACGGACUAUUCGGAAUGGCCCUGACCCCCUUGGACAAGAACAACCCUCUCAACCGCACCCUCUACUUCCACCCCAUGAGCAGCUUCCACGAGUUUUCCGUUCCGACUCACAUCCUCCGCAAUGAGACUGCCGCUGGCGAACCCGGGGAUGCUUUCAAGGUUCUCGCUGAGCGACGUGGUCGCAAACUGUCUCAGGCCUCUGCGUCAGCCAUGUCCAAGGAAGGCAUCCUUCUGUACAACCUCGUGUCCCGGAACGCCAUCGGCUGCUGGAACACCCACCAACCGCACUACGAAGGUCUCUGCGGUACCCUGUACCAGGACGACGAAAAACUCUCGCUGCCCAACGACCUGACCAUCGACGACAAUAACGUGUGGGUCUUGUCGGACAGGCUGCACAAGUACCUGUACAAAGAGCUCAGCCCCGAAGAGGUCAACUUCAGAGUGCUCAGGGGAGACAUCAUCAAGGACGUCAAGGGAACCUCCUGCGACCCUGAGUACAUCCCCAAGCCUGAAGAACUGCAGCCCAAAUGCGUACCUUGAGAGUCUGAUUAAAAAUUUGAGCUGAAAAAUUGCGUAAAAAAACAAAUUUUCAAAUAAAUAUAAAACAAGAUAAAAAA